UCUCUGCGGCUGCAGCCAAUGGGUACGAGGGGCGGAAAGGAGCCGCUAGGGGAGUUGUCUACCUCCAAGUAAUCUGAUUGGGCCCCCCCCUUAAAAAAAGUCCGAACACGCUCCUUUCUUUUCUACUUUGAACCCCCGCCUCCUCCUCCGCCUGCUGCUGUGGCACAGAAAUAGAAAGGUUUGGCAGAAAGCGCUCAUCCAGUAGUAGGAGUGAGGACACAUCAGCAGAAAAUAAACCAGUCACAGCUUCAGCGGGAUCUCAGUAACCUGAUUAUCUUCCGUUUUACCUCAGCAUCAGCAACGACUGAAACCUAAAAGGAGGAUAUUGCAGAAAGUGCUAACCAGCUUGGCUCAACACCAAGUCGGGUUUUUUUUAAAAAAUAACGAAGUUGAGACAGACACCAUUUAUAAUAAAGUACCCAGAAAGGGCUUGAGAAUUACGGUUUUUUGUCGGCCACACAUUUCAAGAGUUAGCUUUGUGAGGGAAUGGCAUUGGAUUUCGCUGCAGGAUGCGUAGGAGGUGCUGCUGGUGUUUUGGUUGGACAUCCGUUUGAUACCGUGAAGGUGCGACUUCAAGUUCAAAAUGUGGACAAACCUUUGUACCGUGGGACGUUCCACUGCUUCCGGUCCAUCAUACGCCAGGAGUCGAUUUUCGGUCUGUACAAAGGCAUCGGCUCUCCAAUGAUGGGUCUGACCUUCAUCAACGCCAUAGUUUUUGGUGUGCAGGGCAACGCCAUGCGGAAGCUUGGCUGCGACACACCACUCAACCAGUUCCUGGCUGGAGCCUCUGCCGGAGCCAUCCAGUGCGUCAUAUGCUGCCCAAUGGAGCUGGCCAAGACACGCAUGCAGUUGCAGGGGACUGGAGAAAAGAAGUCAAAGAAGAAGAUGUACAAGAACUCCCUGGACUGUCUGGUAAGAAUCUACAAGAAGGAGGGAAUCCGUGGUAUCAAUCGCGGCAUGGUGACCACCCUGAUCCGUGAAACGCCAGGGUUCGGCGUGUACUUUCUCGCUUAUGACACAUUUACACGUUAUCUUGGCUGUGAGCCGGAAGACCCGUACAUGAUCCCAAAGCUGUUGUUCGCCGGCGGAAUGUCUGGGAUCACUUCCUGGCUCUCCACCUAUCCUGUAGACGUGAUCAAGUCCCGUCUUCAGGCGGAUGGGGUCGGCGGUGUCAACCAGUACAACGGCAUCAUGGACUGUGUGAGACAGAGCUUAAAGAAGGAGGGCUGGAGGGUGUUCACACGUGGACUCACAUCCACUCUGCUCCGCGCGUUCCCAGUGAAUGCUACCACAUUCGCCACCGUGACUUUAUUCUUAUUGUACAUGCGCGAAGGAGAAGAGUGUAACAUUCAGGACUCGGAGCCACAGGCCGUCGCGCUGCAGCCACUGCAGCCACAGGCACAGCCGACCAGCAUGUAAGCCACUACGCAGCUGAGAUAAUUACUACAGUCCUCAGCAAAUCUAUCCAGUAUAGAUUGAAUUUGCAGCUUCAUGCAGGUCUGUGAUCUGUUAACUGGUGUCCAUAAUGACAAAGGUGAACUGAUCCUAGGUAUGCAUCCGCCCUUGGAGCUUCAGCCAAGUGACCACACUUAGUAUUUAAGUAAUAUAUUAUAAGAUAAAAGCAGCAUUUGUAAAUAUGGUCUCUUUUUAAAAGCUUGGUUUUGUACACAUUUUUUAAAAAUGUUGAAUUUAGGAAACUUGACGGUUACAAGAGUUGCUGUAAUGUACAGUAACGGUUACAGAUGUCCCAAAAAUGUAUUUAGAGUCAAAGAAAUGAAUGCUGUGUUCAGGUCAUAAUGAGGUAUGCCUGGAAUUCAUGUUAAAACUGGUCUCUACUAUCAAGACAUGCUUAAACUUCACUCAGUAUUAAUGUCAUUUUAAGUUUAGAUUUAUUAGGUUUAAGCAGCUGACCAAUCCAUUGUAUCUUCUCCAUGGUGUGAAGAAGUUUUCCCCUUUCCAUUUACCUCCAUAUAGUGUGAACACAGUAUUUCAGCAUUUUAUCAUAAUGGUUACAAAUACAAAGAAAGCCUGACACAUGUACUGUACAUUUAUGUAGAUAUUUUUUCUUUCUCUAAUGUUACAAUUGUGUUUGUAGUUGAACUUUCCUGUGAGAAGUCAUAGGAAUGUCAUCCAAAUGUUAUGAGGUGUCUGAGGUUUUAAUCAAAUGAGGUGUAUUUUUAUUUCUUUGUCUACUUAAAUAAUCUGCUUUUAAAUUCUGAAAUUCAAAGAGAAAAUAUUACUGGCUUGGACAUUGAAUUUCCCAUUGUAGUGUGAUAGACACAUGGUGUAGAUAAAUGCAGAGAUUUCAUCCAGAUAUAACAUAAUUAUGUAUAAUUGUGGGCUUGAUGUCUUUUGAAAUGUUUUUUAUUUGACAUAAUCAUUGUCUAAAACCAAAUUUAAAGCAUUUAUUAAUCUUUUUGUUCUGGACAUCAUGCAGUGUCCAAAGAAAGCACCUUAUGGUAUAAUAUUAAGCACAUUACUGUAAAAAUUACAUUUUUGGCAAUCAGAUUUUUCACUACAGUUACAAUAGAUGCAAGAAUCUGUUACAGUGUCAAGCAAACUGAUGGCUUUGUUAAAGAAGGCUUUUGAAAAUCCAAACUAUAUUUUUCAACCUUCUCUCCCUCUAAUUAGAUGUGAAGCACAAUGUUCCACAAGAGGGAGUUUUCAUUGUCAGAUGAGCUCCGUACACACUAACCUGCGCCACCUACAGGCAGAGAAAGUAACUGUUGCUGCAAUUUUUACAUUUGUAGCUGCAGAUUUUGUUUGUCCUUGUUACAGCUGCUGUUUGUGUGUUUUUAAUAAUGUACAUUUGUACUACCUGUUAGCAAAAUUACAAUUAUAUAUCACUGUGUCACUAACCUCCAAGUGGAUAUUAAAUACUCAAACUGAAAUAAAACUAAGAAGAUGUUUCAAAUGAAUUUAUCAUUUAUUUCUGUUUCUAAAUGUUUAUAAAACCAUAACCUUUUCAGACAUUAACUAUUCUGGCAAUAAACACCAGAUUUCAGCUAACGCCAACUUGAAAUACUCACCACCAAAGAUAGAACCAACCUCUUUUGCUAUUUUUGUUUUUGUAUUGCUGUCUUUAAGCUUGUAAAUCCAAAGCCUUUAUAUUUUUUUUCUUUCUUUUUUUUUGCAAACAAAAAUGGUUAGGAGCCCCCUGCUUCCCCCUUCAUGUUAACCAGGACAGGACAGAAGGCAAAAUAUGUCACUCAGAGCGAAGUGAACUCUGAACUCUACCCUGUUAACAUUUGUUGAAGUUAAAACUUUUUACCUCUCACAAGUUAAAAAUGUAAAUCAUAAACAGCAGCUGAAAUAAAAACAAAAUCUAUAACUUUAAUUACCUGCAAGUGACAAGUGUUAUAAUUGCAGAAGCCAUUACUUUUCCUGCGUGUAGAUGGCGCACAUUCUCAUGUCUACAUCUGCAGUUGUAAACUGCUGCUGCUCUUACUUUUCCUGCAACAGGUGACAGGUUAGACUGGGACUAAAGGGUCAGAAAUGAGGGUCUAAGACUACUUGGGGUUGUCGAAAGACAUAGCGAUGUGUGUAUAUACUGUGAAUUUGGUGUUCAAUGUGUGAAAUCUCUCUAGGCUUUGGAAUUAUUAAAUUACAAUCUAUUAUUUCUGUCCCAAGAUUUGUUCUGUAUUUUCUAUUGUAAAUUUGAUGAGGUAUGUCUGACUGUACUGGUGGGUGACACACGAUUGCUAAUAUCUUUGUAAAAGAGUUGCUCUAAAUAUCUAAUGUUGUCUUUUGUGUUCUGUACUUGUUCAUGUACAUCUUGCACCAAAGCAGCAUGCACACUAUGUAGUCCUGAAAGAAUGGUGAAAUAAAAGCCACAUUUUUUCUCA